AUGAGUGAUGACAUGGCAAACUCGAAUGUGGAACAAGUGCUCGCAGAGAUUAUGGAAGGCAGUAACAGGUACGAUUAAUUGAUUAUUUGAAAAUUGAACCAUUUUCUGAUUAAAUUUUCAAAACAACAUUUUUUGAAGGUGUGAAAGGCGGCGAAGAGCGGAAAGCACGAGCGAGCCGUCAACGUCGACCUCACUGAAAGUGUUCAAUCUGUCGGGCAUUCAAAUCUAUCGAAAAUACGAGGAAACGGAGCUGCGGAUGAUGGUGCGCGAGUGCAAAUGUUGCGAGGACACCACAAAACAGUUUGUGCAAACGGACAUCAUCGCAACUUUGAUGAAAAUGUUCAAGUUCAAUACGCUUACUGUGCGCACAUUCGUCUUCGGAAUCAUGUACACGGAGCAGUUGUCCGAGCGACAGACCGACUUUCCUUUCGGAUUCGAGUUACUCGGUUCGUUGACUUUUUCAUAGAAGUCGUUUCUCCUGGUCUAUCUUCUGUGGCCUGUAUCUCCAAAACUACACGUCUGUUCAAAAAGUGAUCAACUAUGAAGUUGACCCAAAUUAUCUCCUGAACAACUUUGUAGUUGAUCGUAUUUUCAAAAAAAUCAAGGUUUUCGAGUUAUCAACUGUUUAGUUAUCUAUCCUUUCCAAUUAAAUCUAUAAUAUUUUCCAGAAGCCGCACACGCCGCCGGACCUCCAUUCCGAAUCUGUGCGAAAAUCCUGCGUUGGGGCACAUUUCUGCCGAGUCAGGCAUUUCUCUACGGCUUUUUCAAGUGUUUCGACGCCAACAUUCUGAACAAAAUCGAGAUAAAAUUCACGAAUGUGACGAGCGAUUUGUCGGAAUUCGCAAAGUUGGAGCAGUGGCAGAAUCUGAAGCGAAUCAACAUGUCGUGCACUUUGGACGUCCCUCUCGACGUUUUUUUUCAUGCAAAGUACUUGCGAUUGAGAUAUGUCAAGUUGCAGGUCGACGACAUUUGUGCCAUCAUCACGGUUCGUUCGUUUUCCAUUUUCCAUACAUAAUACACGGUUCGAUUCGAUCGAACUUUCAGAAUUACACCUCGCGCGACCUUCCCCUACUCGCCCGUUUCCAUUUGAAUAUUCUCGAGGCCGGCGUUUCAUUCCGCUUCUGGGACGAAAUGUACAGAAAGUUGGAGGCGGCCGGCGAGACGGAACCCAAUGAUUUCGAGUGGGUUCACUAUAGUAGGGCACGAAAAACGGCGAUCGAUUUUUUCUCGCAGAAUCGGCCCAUUCGACCACUGUUUCCGAGUGUACAAAAUGCCGAAUCCGGAGCACGUGCUGGCUGUCGAGAUCGGCAAACCGGGCGAGGGCGGCUUCGUGCUGGUUCGCGGCAGUGUCUGCCAGAGAUCCCGACUCAAAUCCGACUUUACCAUCGUCUAUCGCUGGUAA